AUGGAAGCUCUGCCCCCGUUCCAUCCCUCCUCACCUCCUGCGAAAUCCACAUCCUCACCUGCUAAAAAGCCAUCUGCGCUGAAGCGCGUCGCGUUACACCCUUUGGGCUGCCUGCGCUCAAGCCACCCACUCGAGCAACCCCUCAAGCCACCCACUCGAGCAACCCCUCAAGCCACCCACAAGAGCAACCCCUCAAGCCACCCACAAGAGCAACCCCUCAAGCCACCCACUCGAGCAACCCCUCAAGCCACCCACUCGAGCAACCCCUCAAGCCACCCACAAGAGCAACCCCUCAAGCCACCCACUCGAGCAACCCCUCAAGCCACCCACAAGAGCAACCCCUCAAGCCACCCACAAGAGCAACCCCUCAAGCCACCCCAGCUCUGUCCCCAUUCCCUCUCACCUGCUGAAAAAGCCAUCCGCGCUGAAGCGCGUCACAUUACACCCGUUGGGCUGCCAGCGCAGGCGCUCGUACUGGCGCAUGUCGAGCGGGCGGUUGCUGCGCGCACACGCGAAGCUGGUGGAAAUCCACCCGCACUUCUCUCCCGAGUAGUACGCCGGCUGCUGCGUCGGCACCCACUGCCCGUGGUACAGGUCGCACAGAGGGCCCGGGCUGGCAGCAGGGGCGGCGAGGAGGGAUCUCCGCCGGAGACUUCCGGGCAGGGCUGA